GUAAUGCGAUAGCACCAUGGGAUAUUCCACCACUAGCUCUGGAUUACUUUUAACAGAUCCUUUUCGGUUUUGCGUUGCGCGAGGUGAUCGAGUUCAAAUUUAAACUUAAGUUUAAAGUCGAUACAUAAAGUGAAAACGAAUUAAUUUGCUCUUCAAAAGCAAGAAACGUCAAGAAAUUUGCAAAGCUAUAGUGCAACUUGCCUGCAAUCCCUUAACCAAAUUUAAAAAAAAGAAAACAUCAACAUGUCUGACUGGGAAGAUGAGGUUGUUGAGCCCUUUGUUGAUACUAACGGCGCCCGCGGUGGAGAUUGGAGCGAUGAUGAGAAGGGCAAAAGCUUCAGCGGCGGUGCUGAAGAUGGCGGUUCUGGAGGCGGCGGUGCUGGAGGCGGCUACCAAGGACGAAAUCCAGAUGGGUUCGGAAGGGGGUUCAAAAGGGGCGACGCAGGCAGGGGAGGAGGAGCUGGAGGUUAUCGAGGAGGAAAUCGAGAUGGAGAUGAUGAUGCAGGGGGAUUCCGCGAAGGAGAGGGAGACUUCCGCGGUGGACGUCGCGAAGGAAAAGUCGGCUUCCGCGGUGGAGAAGGCGGCUUCCGCGGUGGACGUCGCGAAGGAGAAGGCGGCUUCCGCGGUGAAGAAGGCGGAUUUGGCGGUGAACGUCGCGAAAAAGAAGGCGGCUUCCGCGGUGAAGGUGGCGGCUUUCGCGGUGGACGUCGCGAAGAAGAAGGCGGCUCCCGCAGUGGAGAAGGCGGCUUCCGCGGUGGAGAAGGCGGCUUUCGCGGUGGACGUCGCGAAGAAGGAGGCUUCCACGGUGAAGGUGGCGGCUUCCGAGGUCGGCGGUACGAAAACGAGGAUGGUGAUGAACGUCGUGGAAGACGCGAAGGCUUUAAUCAGGAGCCACGCGGCGAACGUAACGAAAGAGGAGAGGCUGGUUUUGAGAGGCGCCGUCGCAAUGAAGACGAUAUAAACAACAACAACGAUAUCGUCGAAGACGUCCAGAAAAAGCGAGAAUUUUACAUUCCGCCCGCGCCGUCUAACGACGAAACAGAGAUCUUUAGCAGUGGCAUUGCUUCCGGCAUAAAUUUCUCCAAAUAUGACAACAUACCGGUUAAGGUGACCGGCAACGACGUUCCACCAGGAAUAAAAAACUUUACGAGUGCUGAUUUGAGGGGCAUUAUUGUGGAAAAUGUGAAGAAAUCUGGUUACAAGGUACCGACGCCGAUUCAAAAGCGUGCUAUACCUGUAAUUACCGCUGGCCGGGAUUUAAUGGCUUGCGCACAGACUGGCUCAGGAAAAACUGCUAGUUUUUUGUUGCCAAUUAUCAGCAAAUUGUUAGAUGAUCCUCAAGAUCUGGAGUUUGGAAGGCCGCAGGCAGUGAUUGUAUCCCCAACUAGAGAGCUGGCAAUUCAGAUCUUUGACGAGGCGAGGAAGUUUGCUUACGAGACAUAUCUAAAGAUCGGCAUUGUUUACGGAGGCACCUCGUUCAGGCAUCAAAACGAUUGCAUUACCAAAGGCUCUCACGUAUUGAUCGCCACUCUGGGACGACUUCUGGAUUUCGUGGAUCGGACUUUUGUCACCUUUGAAGACACUCGAUUCGUUGUGCUGGAUGAGGCCGAUCGCAUGCUGGAUAUGGGCUUCUCAGAAGGCAUGCGAAAACUCAUGACGCAUGUAACUAUGCGUCCACAACAUCAGACAUUGAUGUUUUCCGCCACGUUCCCCGAAGAUAUACAACGAUUGGCUGGCGAAUUCUUGAAUAAUUACGUUUUCGUGGCCAUUGGCAUGGUGGGCGGAGCUUGCUCUGAUGUUAAGCAGACCAUUUACGAAGUCAGUAAGUUCAACAAGCGAGCCAAGCUAAUGGAAAUCCUUCGCGAGGAAGCGGAUGGCACCAUUGUGUUUGUGGAGACAAAGCGAGGCGCCGACUUUUUAGCUUCCUACCUGUCAGAAACGGAGUUUCCGACUACCUCCAUUCAUGGCGAUCGUCUCCAGAGUCAACGCGAGCAGGCCUUGCGUGAUUUCAAGAACGGCUCCAUGAAAGUUCUCAUAGCCACUUCAGUUGCUUCUCGGGGACUAGAUAUUAAAAACAUCAAGCAUGUGAUCAACUAUGACAUGCCCAAAAAUAUCGAUGACUACGUACAUCGCAUUGGACGUACAGGUCGUGUAGGCAACAAUGGACGUGCCACAACCUUCUUUGAUCCUGAUCAGGACAGACUUAUUGCUGCGGACUUGAUAAAAAUCUUGGACGGAGCUGGCCAGACUGUUCCGGAGUUUCUACGCAACUUGGGUGCGUGCGGUGGCGGGGGUUAUUCCAGUCAAGACUUCGGUGGCGUGGAUGUGCGUGGCAGGGGAAAUUACGUGAACGAUGCCACCAAUGUCGAGGCAGACGAGGACUGGGAAUAGUCCAAAACCGCUUAUAAUUAAAUGUUAUCUAAUAAUUAAUGUAAUUAGGCGAUAUAUAAGCCUAUAUAAUAGCCUAUAUAAUAGCCUAUUAAAAUGCAUAUUUAGAAAUAUGCAAGCUUUAAAACAAGCCAUUCAAUUUUCUAUUUUUAAUUUCCUUUUAAGACGAAAUGUAUAACAAAAUAUAAUUUGGAAAAAAAUGUUUUAGCUCUAAUUUGCUGUAAAUCAA